AUGACGGAUAACGAGUAUAAUUCAUCGGGAAACGAGUACCGACAGUCGGAAACAAGUUUUCCCGGCUUUUCCGAGGUUGAUUUAGAAGAUUAUGGCGGUGAUGGAAUUGAUUACAGCGAUUGGUUUAAGCUAGAUCAUGGGUUUGAUAGUGAUGUUGAAGCAAUUACUUGGGCUAAGAGUACUGCUAUAAAGAUUGGAUUUGAAUUAGUCAUUUCGUCACAUAAGAACGAGGGGAAAAAGAAGCUUCUACGAUGUGCUCGGGGUGAGCGUUACAGAGGUUCAUUCACAGAUUCUGAUUCCUUCGUACGGAAAAAUACGAAGACAAAAGCGUGUAAGUGCAAAUUUAAAAUUAUUGUCAAAUUAGGAAAGACUGCAUGGUUUAUACUUACAGAUCCUGGUAUUUCGAGUACACACAACCAUGCUCUAGCUGUGUAUCCUGAAGGAUACCGUCAGAUGAGUGGGCUGAGUGGCGAGGCGAAAGAAAUUGUGCGAGAUAUGAGUGCGGCACAAGCGAAGCCGUGUUCUAUCAUGGCAGCUUUAAAAGAAAAAAUACCAUCUGACAACCCUACAAUAAAGCAAGUGUAUAACUAUAGACAGACUUUCAGAAAGUCUAGCUUUGAGGGUAGAGAUGUGGUUGGGCAAUUUUAUCACAUGGCUCAGCAAAAUGAUUAUGUACACUGGACUCUUGCUGAGGAGGAUACAGACUAG